CUGGUGUGAAACCCUUUGCAACAAAACCUUCCCACUGUAACAAAGCAGGGCACCGACCGACGCUGACGGGCCGCCCGUGAUGCUGCGCGGUUUGGGGAUAAAAUAAAUGAGUGGUGUUGGUGCAGCAGCGGCUCAAAGCCUGAGCGGCCAGAGGACAGAGCACAGAGCACAGGAGCGCACUUUGUGAAUGAAACCUCAACUCAAGCCAACACUUCCAACCCUGUCAACGCCACAUAUAUAGGGUUUAUUCUUAUUUUUUUUAUGGAUUUAAGUCAUUUAAAGUGCAGAUAGAGGGUUUUUACGCUGCAGUAAAAAUCUGGAUAAUCCACUCAGCCUCCCAGUCAUGGAUGUCAUACAGGAGGAGAUUACCGCAACGAAAACCAGAGCUCUGCUGCUGGCAUGCGUGACUCUGCUGUUCUCCUUCCACCUGUGGCGGUGGCUCCGGCACGGUUCGGUCGACUCCAUGCCCGGUCCGUUCGGGUGGCCGAUCAUCGGGAACGCGGCGCAAAUGGGCAACACGCCGCACCGGUACUUUGCGCGCAUGGCGAAGAAAUACGGCAACGUUUUCCAAAUCAAACUGGGCUGCAGGACAGUGGUGGUGCUGAACGGGGACUCCAUCAAACAGGCGCUCAUCAGACAGGGGCCAGAGUUCGCCGGCAGACCUGACUUCGUCUCCUUCCAGUUCGUCUCCAACGGUGACAGCCUCGCCUUCAACACCAUCACGGACUGGUGGAAGGUGCACCGCAAAGUGGCGCACUCCACUGUCCGCAUGUUUUCCACCGGCAACCCGCAAACUAAGAAGACCUUCGAGCAUCAUGUGCUUUGCGAGGUGAAGGAGCUCCUGCAGCUUUUAUUGGGGAAAACCAAGGAGCAUAAGUAUUUCCAGCCCAUGACAUAUCUGGUGGUGUCCACGGCCAAUAUCAUGAGCGCAGUGUGUUUUGGGAAGAGGUACUCCUAUGAGGACGAGGAGUUUCAGCAGAUGGUGGGAAGGAACGACCAGUUCACCAAAACUGUGGGAGCAGGGAGCAUAGUGGACGUCAUGCCCUGGCUCCAGCUGUUCCCCAACCCCAUCAAAACCAUCUUUGACAACUUCAAGGCCCUCAACUUUGAGUUUAAUUUAUUUAUUCGAGAUAAAGUCAUGGAGCACAGGAAAACUGUCCAGUCCAGCGCCAUCAGGGACAUGACAGAUGCUUUUAUAGUAGCCCUGGACCAGCUGAGAGAUAAAACUGGAGCUUCAUUACAAAAAGACUAUGUGACUUCAACUGUUGGGGACAUUUUCGGAGCAAGUCAAGACACUCUGUCCACAGCUCUGCAGUGGAUUAUCCUCAUCCUUGUCAAGUAUCCGGACAUGCAGGUGCGUCUCCAGCAGGAGGUGGACAAAGUGGUGGACCGUAACCGCCUCCCGUCCAUCGAGGACCAGCCACAUCUGCCUUACGUCAUGGCCUUCAUCUACGAGGUGAUGCGAUUCACCAGCUUUGUGCCGCUCACCAUCCCCCACUCCACUGUCACUGACACCUCCAUCAUGGGCUACACUGUACCAAAGAACACCGUGGUCUUCAUCAACCAGUGGUCCAUCAACCACGACCCAGAGCUGUGGGAGCAUCCAGAGACCUUCGACCCCGAGCGUUUCCUCAGAGACGGCGUCCUGAACAAGGACAAGGCCAGCAGCGUGCUCAUCUUUUCCCUAGGCAAGCGGCGGUGCAUCGGUGAAGAGCUGUCCAAACUACAGCUCUUCCUCUUCACAUCGGUGAUCACCCACCAGUGCAACGUCAGCGCAGACCCCUCAAACCCUCCCAAACUGGAAUACAACUAUGGUCUGACUCUAAAACCUCUCCCUUUUAGCAUUGAAGUGUUGUUAAGAGAUGAUGCAUAUCUGCUGAACAACAAUCAGACGCUCGCUGCUGAUACCGAGGAGGUGAAUGACAACCUCGCAACAAACUCACAAACAAAACAAUAAACAAAAAUCAAAGCUAUAAUGAGUGAAAAUGAAGGCUGAAACACAGAAAGACUCAUGGACAGGAGCUCCAUAAAUAUAUAUAUUUAUAAGCUGAAAUCUCAGGCUAAAUGUAUUUCUUUACACACUGUUUCAGAUGCUUAAGAGGACAGUCAUUUGAGAAUGAUUAAAUACUUGUGAUCAAUG